AUGGUGUUUGAUAACUUAUAUCUCAAUAAGGACCAUCUUGAUGGGUUUGACAAUUACAAAUAUAAUGCAAUUGAUACCAAUCCAUUGGGUACAUACAUUAUGCAUCCAUUUUGGAAUGCAUUAAUUAAAGUUACUCCACGAUGGAUUGCACCUAACUUGCUAACUUUUGUUGGUUUUCUUUUUACUGUUGGAGCUUCACUUCUCCUUGCUUAUUAUGACUAUGGUUUCUAUGUGUCUGGAAUGUAUUACAAAGGGGAUCCUAUCCCAAGAUGGGUGUUUGGUGUUGUGUCUUUAUUUAUUUUCAUAUCAUAUUCACUUGAUGGGCUUGAUGGUAAACAGGCAAGACGUACUGGCACAAGUGGCCCACUAGGUGAGCUGUUUGACCACGGUCUGGAUUCCUGGACAACUGUUUUUAUCCCAACUGCACUUUAUUCAAUAUUUGGGCGUGAUGAUCCGAAUACUAUUCAACCAAUACGGAUGUAUUAUAUCUGUAUAAUGGUUUUCAUUAAUUUUUAUCUGGCUCAUUGGGAAAAGUAUAAUACUGGAGUAUUAUAUUUGCCAUGGAGUUAUGACUUUUCAAUGGUUGGAUUAGUAUUCUUCUUUGGUCUUACUGCUAUUUUUGGUCCCGAAAAAUGGAAAAUGUCGUUGACAGAUAAUUAUUCCUUUGGACAUGUCACAGAAAUAACAUUUUACUUUACAACAUUCAUUACAAACAUUCCAGUUUCAAUUUAUAAUAUUUACGUAAGUCACAGGGACAAAACAGGCAAAAAUUUAAGUAUUCUAGAAGGUAGUCGACCAUUAGUUCCUUUAACUGUCUUUGUGUCUUUAUGCUUAAUAUGGGUAAAAAUGUCGCCUACAAAUAUUCUUGAAAGGGAUCCAAGAAUAUUUUUCAUGAUGAGUGGAGCAAUAUUUUCAAACAUUUGUUGUCGUUUAAUUGUGGCUCAAAUGAGCAAGACCCGCUGUGAAGCACAUAACAAUUUGUUGUCGUUUAUGGUUGUAGCUAUAUUUUUUAGUGUGUUUUUACCUCCAGUUGAGUUACUUUGUAUGUACAUGAUGGCAUUAAUAAGCAUUGUGACACACAUAUACUAUGGAGGCUGUGUAGUGAAACAAAUGGCUGAUCAUUUUAAAAUCAUGUGUUUCAAAAUACCAUACAAGAAACAUUAA